CCCACCUCCACCUGCCCCGACGUGCACUGCGACUGUUCAGGCUUGCGGGGCGAGUCCCUGCACGGCCCGUCGGGCGCGGUCCUGCUGCUCGGGGGCCUAUGCAUCCUGGUUGCCGGCGCAGCCGCUGGCACGGCAGGCACCAUCCUGGUCUUGCGACGGCGGAGCUCGCCCUGGAUCUCAUCGGAGGGCGGCGACACGGGCGACGUGCUCGGCGAGGAGGCGCGCGCGCAGGUCGGAGUAUUCCUCGGAGUGGCCUUCAACAUCGGCGGCCGCGACCUGGUGCACGAGCGGGUGGUUGUCGCGCUCAACCCAGCGACGCCAGGCUCAGCGUCGAUCGUCACGGUGGACGGGGACGAGUAUGAGGAGCAGUUCGUUGGCAGCGCGGACGUCCGCUACUGGGGCCUGCUGCCCAUGGAGCUCCAGGGGGCAGCUCGGAGGGCCUGCGCUCGCCUCGGCCUCGCUGCGCCCGUGAGUGCCGUGGUGCCCAACGUUGGCGGCCGCGCGGCCGCGCCAGCUGCUGCCUGCGCGGCGGCCGCCCCUGCGCCCCUGGCGCCCCCAGCAGCUCCAGUCGCUGGUGGGCUCGGCGCCUUGGUGGCGGCGCUAAGCGGCCCGGCUGGCGCGGCCCCAGCUGGCGUGGGUGCCCUCGCCGCCGCCGCGCCUGCCGCGGGAGGAGUGCUCGCGCGCCCUGCCGUCCCAGCGGCGCCCGCCCCUGCGCCGGCGGCUGCUGCGGCCCCCGGCGCCCCAUGCGCGGCGCUGGUGGCUGACGGGGCGGCGGGGCCAGCGGGAGGAGCGGUGCCAGCCCCAUUCGCGCUUGGCGGCGACGCGCGCGCGCUGGCGGUGACGCGGGAUGCUAGAGCGGACUUCCGCGCAUCGGUGGCCACGACGGUCGAGCUUCCCUGGGCAGAUUGGCCCGUGCGCGGGCCUCGCACUCUCCAGCGGGCGCUGCAGUACAUGGCGCAUCGCGCAGGGACUCCUACUGCCCAUCAUCAGAGAUGGUUGUCGGAGACAGGGCUGGAGUUGGAGGCGCCCGGCGUCGAGCUUCACCACAUGGCCUGCAUGGUGCUGGAGACGUCGGUCACCUACGACCAGGAGCGCGCCACCAACUUGGCGCACUUGGAGCUGGUGGCCCGCGCCAUUCAAGUGCAGGAGGAGCGCUACAGGCACUUGGUCGCUCCGAGCGAGACGGGCGCGGCCGACCGCGCGGUCGCGAUGGGCUCGCUGGAGCUCGACGGCUCGGCGCGUGUCUGCCCGGCCCUGCGGGGCCAUCUCGCGCUGGAGCUGCAGCGGGAGAUGGCAGUGGCCAGGGAGAGGCGCAAGGCGCGCGAGGAGCGCGCCCUCGCUGGCGGCGGCGGCGGCGGCCGCGCUGGCGGCGAGGGGCGCGGACGAAGGGGGCGCGGGGGCCGUGGCGGCCGGGGCGGCGGCGCCAACGCCGCAGGUCACAUCUGGGACUCCAUCGUCGCGCCCGGGCCAGAGCCUGAUGAGUAUCGCGACGACAUCUCAGACCCCAGCGGGCCGCCGGCGCCUCUCCAUGGGCUGCUGGGUGAGCGGGACUCCGCCGCGCUGCGGGAGUGGAGGCGCCAUGUGCUUCGAGAUUUUGAAGAGACGCGUCAGCUGCGCGGGGAGGCCUGCCCGCAGGGCCCGUGCACGGACCCCGCGCUGCUCCGCUCGCCAGUUGACUACGCCUCAUUCCUCGGCGCGAUGGUCGAGCGCCGCGUGCUGAUCUUCUCUCCUGCGCAUGGGCGUCGGGGUAACAUGGGAGUUUUCUUCGCGCCAAAGAAGAGCGGGCGCCUUCGUGUGAUCUUCGAUGCUCGCCUGGCCAACUGCGCUUUCACCGACGCCCCGAGGACCCAGCUGCCUUCGGCAUCAGCCUGGGGGCGCCUCGAGACGGGUGGCACGCGCAUCUCCGUCGCCUCGGCCGACCUCGACGUGGCGUUCUACCGCGCGCAGGCGCCCGAGGGGAUGGAGGAGCGCUUCGCGCUUCCACCAAUCGCUGCAGAGUGCCUGGCGCCCCUUGGCAUUGCGGUUGCAGGCGUGACUGGCGAGGACCUCGUGCUACCCCAGGUGGUGGUGCUUCCCAUGGGCUUCAGCUCGGCCUUGCACCUGUGCCAGACGGUGCUCCAGACGCCGUUGUUCCGCGCAGGCUUCUCGCCGGAAGACCUGGCCCUGGAUGGCAACUGCGGCUCCCCAAACCAAGUGAGCCAGCGGCUGCAGGUGGUGACCGACGACCUUACCCGGCACGGGCUUGCGGUGCACGAGCUUGAGGCGCCCUCCCAGAACCGCGACUUCUUGGGGCUGUCGCUGCGCGAGGGGCGCUGGCUCAGCCUGCGGACUCGCAACAUCUGGAGGCUCCGCGCGGCGAUCCGCGCCGCCACCCGGAGGCAGGUCAUCAGCGGCCCCCUCUUGCGGGCGCUCGCGGGGCGCAUCGCCUGGGCGCUGCUGCUGCGGCGCGAGCUGCUGUGCAUCCUCAAUUCUACCGAUGCCUACAUUCAG